GCUUUCAGCCAAAGGUCGAAAUUUACGGGUGGUACGCAGUAGAUUGCAACAAAAUUUAAAUUCCUUUUUGAAUUACUUGAAAAUGUGGAAAAUUUCUCCUAACGCUUCCAAAACUCAACUUAUUUUAUUUCCCCAUAAGCCAAGAGCUCAAUUUUUAAAACCUAAUGAAAAUCAUUCCAUAACUUUUAAUGGGGUUUCAUUAGAAUGGUCGACGGCGACGAGCUGGAGAUAGUCGAAGACUUUGUCUAUCUCGGCUCACUGGUGACCGCAGACAAUGACACCAGCCGUGAGAUCCGGAGGCGAAUUAUCAGCGGAAGUCGUGCCUACUAUGGACUCCACAAGCAACUGCGGUCGAGAAGACUUAGCCCUCGCACGAAGUGUAACCUGUAUAUGACGCUCAUUAGACCGGUUGUUCUCUACGGGCACGAGACAUGGAUAUUGCUCGAGGAGGACCUGCGUACACUCGGAGUAUUCGAGCGACGAGUGUUAAGAACCAUCUUUGGCGGCGUACAGGAGAACGGAGUGUGGAGGCGAAGGAUGAACCACGAGCUCGCGCGCCUCUACGGCGAACCCAGUAUCCCGAAGGUGGUGAAGGCUGGCCGGAUACGCUGGGCGGGACAUGUUGCGAGAAUGCCGGACGACUGUCCUGCAAAACAGGUGUUCGCUACGAAUCCGGUAGGAACAAGACGAGCGGGGGCGCAACGAGCGAGGUGGUUAGACCAAGUGGAGCGUGAUCUGGCGAACGUGGGGUGCCCGAGAAAUUGGAGAACGGUUGCUAUGAACCGAGUGAAUUUUAGGAAUUAUGUUCGUCAAGUUAUGUCGUGAGACGGAAUACUAUGAAAUCCAGGUUGUGUCUGCGAAAUAAGAUUUUAAUCUACAAACAGGUAUUCCGACCAGCGAUAAUGUAUGCAGUUCCGAUUUGGUCUAGCUGCUGCGCGACGAGGAAGAAGGCCAUCCAGAGGAUUCAGAACAAGGUUCUGAAAAUGAUUUUGCGGCUUCCACCUUGGCACAGCACCGAAGAUCUUCAUCGGAUUGCGGGCAUUGAAUCGAUCGAAGAGAUGGCCAACAAAAUCAUCUCCAACUUCAGAGGCAAAUCGAUGCAGUCUUCCAUCGCAGAGAUUCGUUCUCUCUAUAAUUAGUUUUAAUAUAGGAUAGUCUUAGUUUUUAGUAGUAAGUUUAAAAUAUUUUUUGACAUUACAGGAUGUUCUCCUACAUAAAAAUACUUGAUUGCACUCAGCAAAAUUAAUGCAAAUAAAUAAAUUAUAGUGAUUAAUAAACUAUAGGGCUCUGGACAGUUCAUCAUUGAACUGAAC